GGGGGUUUGUGUGUGUGUGUGUUUCUGAAUGGAACUGGUGAGGUGUGUGUAUGGGAGGGUGGUGGUGGUGGUGAGGGGGGGGUUUGAGGGGAGGCUCAGUGGGGGUUGGUUCAAGUUUAGAAUUACACAGCUACCCUCCCUUCUGCACACACUUUAAAUACUCAAUCCGCCGGGCUCACGGAUCAAUAUUUUGGGCAAAUUCAAACGAAAGGGGAAGAUUUCUUGCUCGCCCGGGGCAAAAGGUAGCUGUAUUAAUUUGAAGGGAUCCCUUUUAAAAUAGUUGGACAGAGAUCAAAACAGAAAACCAUUAAAAAAAACAACCAAACGUAAAAAGAAACAGGACUUCAAGUAGACACAAUGAAGCAAAUUACUUCAGAAGCUCGCAGAAUGUUAUCUUCAUAAAGUAUUUCUGGCAAGCCGGCAUUGUUUGGCCGUUGUGGGGGCGAUAUGGAAAACAGGUUUCGAGUGGACGCAUCCAACGGCCACAGCCGCCCCCUGGAGAUAGUGGCUCAGAAGGAGGAGAAGAUUAAGGACAGAGGACAAUGGAAUAACAAGGUGGAGUUUGUGCUCUCAGUGGCUGGAGAGAUCAUUGGCCUGGGCAAUGUGUGGAGGUUCCCUUACCUCUGCUACAGGAAUGGCGGGGGUGCAUUCUUUAUCCCAUACCUCAUUUUCCUCUUUACCUGUGGUAUCCCAGUGUUUUUUCUGGAGACAUCGCUAGGACAGUAUACGAGCGAGGGGGGCAUAACGUGCUGGAGAAAGAUCAGCCCGCUAUUCGAAGGUAUUGGCUAUGCUACACAAGUUAUUGUAGCUCUUCUGAAUUUCUAUUACAUCGUCGUACUGGCCUGGGGCAUCUUCUACUUGUGUAAUUCCUUCACAUGGGAUCUACCCUGGUCCUCCUGCAACAACACGUGGAAUACAGAGACGUGUGUGGAGUUUCAGAGGCGAAAUGAGUCAUUCAACUCCACGGUUGCUGCUAACGCCACUUCCCCUGUCAUCGAGUACUGGGAGAAUCGGGUGCUGAGGAUAUCCUCAGGAAUAGAUCACAUUGGCGUUCUUCACUGGGACCUUUCUCUGUGUCUUCUAGCAGCCUGGAUCAUCUGCUACUUCUGUAUAUGGAAAGGAGUCAAGUCCACAGGAAAGGUGGUGUACUUCACUGCUACCUUUCCCUACUUCAUGCUGAUCAUCCUCCUGAUUCGAGGUGUGACUCUGCCCGGGGCUGCUGAGGGAAUCAAGUUCUACCUUUACCCAGACCUUGGACGUCUGGCUGACCCUCAGGUGUGGAUGGAUGCAGGGACUCAAAUUUUCUUCUCCUAUGCCAUUUGUCUGGGGUGUCUCACUGCUCUGGGGAGCUACAAUAAAUACAGCAACAACUGCUACAAAGACUGCCUAGCCCUGUGCUUUUUAAACAGUGGAACAAGCUUUGUCGCUGGGUUUGCUAUCUUCUCGAUCUUGGGCUUCAUGUCUUAUGAACAGCAAGUGCCAAUUUCAGAAGUUGCUGAAUCUGGUCCCGGUCUGGCCUUCAUCGCCUAUCCUCGGGCUGUCUCCAUGAUGCCUUUCUCCCCCGUCUGGGCCUGCUUCUUCUUCAUCAUGAUUGUUUUGCUGGGGCUCGACAGCCAGUUCGUGUGCGUGGAGAGUCUGGUCACGGCAAUGGUGGACAUGUACCCAUCAGUCUUCCGCCGCAGGCACCGGAGAGAGCUCUUCAUCUUAGCCGUGGCUGUGGUGUCCUUCAUCAUGGGCCUCAUCAUGCUCACUGAGGGAGGAAUGUAUGUCUUCCAGUUAUUUGAUUACUAUGCAGCUAGUGGGAUGUGUCUCCUCUUUGUGGCAAUUUUUGAAACUGUGUGCAUUGCGUGGGUUUAUGGUGCAGACCGUUUCUAUGACAACAUUGAGGACAUGAUUGGUUACCGGCCCAGUUCGGUGAUUAAGUACUGCUGGCUGUUUUUCACCCCUGCAGUCUGUUUUGGUACUUUUGCUUUCUCCCUUAUCAAGUACACACCUCUGAAGUACAACAAUGUGUAUGUUUACCCAUGGUGGGGGUAUGGCCUGGGCUGGCUCUUAGCCCUCUCCUCAAUGGUCUGUAUCCCACUGUGGAUUAUCUUCAAAAUCAUCACCACAAAGGGCACUUUCCGACAGCGCAUCCAGCAGCUGAUCAGACCCUCGGACGACCUUCCCAAGACGAAGAAGGAGCAGGAGAAGCUCCUGGCCAUCUUCGCGCCCGAGACUGGCCUGCAGCAACCCCUUGGAGAACCUACGCGGGAGGGGUACUUCCCUGUUCCCGAAAAGGAGUCCGUCUGCUAGACUCUUGUCAACUGUGGCCAUCCUGGCUUUGCUGGGCAGGGGUCCAUUUGCACCCACGUGAUACCUCAAACUUGCCAUCCAAAAAUCAGAAACAAACGCACCACACCUGUGAAGUUUUGUUAUAACUUUUGUAGCAGCACACGUUAUUACUGUUGUCCUUGUUUUUCUAUUAACUGAUAAUUUUUAAUGGCGUAACCUGCCAGUGUCUGGAAGCUCCACGUUGGACCAGUUUGGUUUCGUUGGAAGUCUGCGGUGUUCUUGUUUGGCUUUGUUUUCUUUAACUCUUCGGACUUUGGUUGGAGUUGGUGUUUCUUUUGUGUUUUUAGGCGUGAACUGAAUUGCGUUGGAUGUUGGUAUUCUGACAAGAUCACCAGCAAAAUUAACCUGACAUUGAGGAAUGCUCCUGGCAAACUAUCUGUGUUUUCUUUUGUACAGCAGUGUAGAAUCAGGUGGUUCUUCAUUUUUUUCCAAGAAUGUGUUUCCUUAAAAGAUUUUACCAGUUUAAAAUGUUUUCAUUAAUCCUUAAUUUCCUAUGUAAAGCAUACUAACAGCUUUCUUAAUUUGAUUGUGUCAGGCAGCAUAAAUGGACAUCUGUGUGAGAGUUUACAGUAACCAAAACUAAAGAGGCAGAACUCAUGGAAUAUUGACUUUAUACUGGGGAUAAUAACUUCCAACAACUCAUAUGACAAAGCAAAACAAAUUUAAGAAGAAAAAAAAUUGACCUUAAUCAAGAAAGCCCUGCUAAUAGUCAUUAACGAAUAUUUCUUGAUUGAGGAAGGAAAAGUUGUCUCUUCAGGUGACUUCAGAAGCCUGUAGGUUCUCAAGAAACAAGCCACUAAUGAAAUAGUGCCCUAGCGGACAUAUGGAGCUAACUGUGAAUCAGCAGAAAAUGUCUUCAAGAUCCUGGGUGGGAUGUUUUAGCUGUAAGCAAGGUAUUUCACUUAGGUUGAUCCACUGAUUGCCAGAUUGCCCCACCUGCUGUAUGUAAAGGGGUCUCCCAGUCUUUUUUAAUGGGUGCUAGUCAUCAUUGUAAAUGAGAGUUGAUUAUCAUUGGCAUUACCAGAAAAAAAUAGCAGAAUAAACACAUAGACUGCUUGUUCAAAUUAACCAUUUAAAAUAUUCUGCCGAGAAUGCUAAUCCAGAGGUAAUUCCACUAUUCCAAUAUGAAAUUCCAAUAUCUAGAAAAAAGUGGCAGUGUAUAUUUCAUUUCUACUGUAUAUAGCAUGUAAGAAUCCACAAAAUUGUAAAUAAUGGAAAAACAGAAGUAAAUAAGAAUCUCCAAUUUAAGCAAAUAUCUCAAAAGCCAAGGACAUCUUAAAAACAGUUUUAAAAAAUCAGGAGUAAGCAGGAACGGAUAUUUUACUGUUUAGGCUGAAUCAGCCAACUCAGUAAUCAGGCAACAAGAAAAGAAAAUCACGUGAGAUUUUCACUUUGACCGCAGUUCAGGAGCAAAGGCUUAAAAUAAGCUUUCCGGAUGUCGAAAGAGCAGGAGCUUUAAAUCACCCGGUUGCUCCCCAAAACCAAGUUUUUUUUUUAAACAAAAGCUAAAAAAAAAACACCAGGCAAAACAACUUUGUUUUAAACUUUUCUAUUUAGAUGACUCCACUGUCUGUUUUCUUGUGUCCCUCCUUGCUGAUGUACCCUAGCGUGUUCUCUCACAUUGCCUGAAUUCUUCCCUUUUCAGAAUUCAAAGCGAAUAUCCUAAUUCUAGCCACCUGGUCCAGUAUCCCAGUCCAGAGGAAGCUGUUACAAGAGUGAGAGAAUGUAAACAAUCCCUGUACAUCUCAUGCUCACAUUUUGCACGGAUUCCAUGUGUUACAGGGAUUAUCUCUUUUAUGCUCUCUGACUGGAGGCACUUCUAGGUUGGUGUAUCGCAAUCCUGAAACAGUUUUUAAAACAGUUUUUAAAACAGAUGCUGAAUAAGGCCCAUCUUGCGUCCGUAGCAGACUGGGUACUAUGUGGUACUAUUGGGUUCUGGGAAGUCUCAGUAGGAGAAGACUAGCUUCUGGGCAGGUUUUAAAAAGAAGAAAGUAGAAAAAGAUAUCCCAACCCAGAAUCCCAGCCUUUCUAGAGGUUAGAUAACCUCUCUUUCCUCUUUAACUGAUUUAGAAAUGGACUAUGGGGAGAAACGGUCAGACAAACACAGGUGGAGCCUGUGACAAGUGCCUUUCUAUGGCCCGACCGUGUAGUACAAUAGUCCACAAGUCUACCAAUGGAGUAACAAGUCCGGGCAACAAAGCUAUAGUAUACAGUUGGAGUGUCCCUCUUAGACACAUAUGGAAAGUAUUUUCUCAAGAUAGUGAAGGUUAAGAUCUAGAAUCCCCUCUAGAAUAUCUCUUUUGCUCAGCUUGAGUCAUUAAUGGUGCACAGAUCUUUUAGAACUAUAGCUCUUCAAACAUGGUACCUUGAUUAGAGUGUUGCUUAGCCGGGCAACCCAGUGACUGUGAUAAUGGCAAACCGUCCAAAGGUUGCACCUUGAUAAAAUGGACAUCAUUCAGUACCAAAAUGCACAGGUGCCCAUCACCUGACCACUGCUUGAGGAUGAGUAGUCCAUUAUAACGAAUUCUAGCAAAUGCACUUGUCUGGAAAGAAAUUAAAUGUGCCUUAGCAUGAAGGAUUGACGUUUUACUGCACAAAGCAGAAUGUUUGCUUGAAUUCAAUUCAAGCUUUAUUAUCCCUUAGGGCAAUGUUUUUGGGCAGGGUCCAACACAACAGCACAACACAGACAGGUAAACCAAAAACAAAGAAUACAGUACAACAGUGAUAGUUCAGUAAAUUUACAGUUUAAUCAGUGCUACACUACAAGAGCUGCCCUGUGCAAUAACUCUCUCCCAUUCAUUGCUUUCAACAUUUAUUAUGCCAUUUCACCUGUGAGAAACCUGAUAAUUCUUUUCUCAAAUAUGGUGGGCAGUGUGGAUUUGAUAUGGUGACAGUGCUGGUGCAGUCGUUAUCUUCUUCAUAAGGAGAGAAGGUCAUCUGAAGCUUAGAAAGCAGCUCUGCUACAGUAUAUCAGCCACAUACAGUAACUCAUCAACAGGAGGUUAUUAAGUUUGCCACAUCAUUUGACUGCAAUGUGAGUCAUAUUGUAUUUACACACAGAGGGACCACUUACACCCGACAGUCAAAAACAACAACACGAAAAUAAACUUCCCCAGAUUUUUUAUAAUGUUCUAAAAAUAUGGAAGGAAGGUUGUUUAAAAUGCACUUUAAUCAUUUUAAAGUGCAUUUUUAAAAUUUAUCACUGUAACCUGGAGCUACUGCGUACAGAUGGAACAGACCGCCACAACCACUGAACCUUCCUUAAGAACUGACUUAGUGAAAAUCUUGGAGUAUUUGCUAUCUGGAUCUAGCCUUGUCAAAUCCCAGAAUACCUAUUUACUGUGUGCUGGUAUAUUCCAGGGAUGUUUGUAUAACCUCAUCUCAUUCUUCCAAGGCUCUCAGCUAGCUAUGUCUAUGCCAUUAAUUAAUAUCUUGUGACCACUCCAUCUGGCAUUGUUCAUUAAUAUUGGAGUUGUAAUUGAAAACCUAAAACAAACUCCCCCAACACCGUCUAAUUUCUUCCUAACAAGCCAGCUUCUGCUUACUCCAUAAUUCAUUUCAUUAAAAUUGAGACAUCUCUUAGCUAGGUAACACACUCACUACAGUCAAAGAAAGCUAGUUUGAACAUAGAAGAACCUGCCUUUAAGGUACUCACAGCUAAUACUUUACUUUAACACCUCUACCCUGUGACUCACCAGGUAUUUAUCUGAUGGGUAAGACUGAAAGUCACUGCCUCAACUUGGAUGAACUACCUACUCUAGUUUAAAAAAUCCAAACUAUGCAUUUUGGAGCAUUUUCUGAAUUUCUUGAGUUUGGAGUACACAGAAAGCAGCAUCAAAUCUGAUGUGUUUACUGUUUCAUUAGUUUUACUUUUACAGAAUGUUUAUGUAAAAACACAUGUAUAUAUAAAAUGUAUAUAUAAACAAUGAAUGCAAUUUCUUGUUAUCAGUCACGCUCCUUUGAGUUUUUCAUCUCUUCUACCUGCUUUCAUGUCUCCGUUUAACAGAGAGGAGGAGCAACAUACUUCUCCCAUGUCCCAAAAUUGGCAUUGGUCAGGCAAGAUAUUCUUGAAAGUGUAGCUUAGAGGCAGGAGUACCUACAAGCAUGGAGCUUUAGACCAAUGAAGCAAUGUGAAACUGCAACCCAUACAAAACACCUACUGUACCUGCAUGAGUUCUACUGAAGGAAUAAGUUAGGCUACUGCACAUUGUUCAUUGACCUUGUGCAAAAUACAAGGAACUGCAGUAACAGAACAGGGCAUGGUGAUUAUUGAGUGAAAGAUUUACUCCUUUUCUUAUUGGGAAUUUAUCACCUCCAAAUGCCCCUGAAAUGAAGAAUUUAUCAGCACAGUUCUCAAGUUCCAUGCAAAAGUCUUUGCUUGUCUUAGAUUGUGUGACUAUAACCACUGAUCAGAAACAGGGAUGUGGUUCAAUUGCAGCAUUUGUACAAAACAACAAAAAAAUAUAUUUUCCACUUCAGAUAUGUGAUUUAGCGGGUUAAUGUUUUGCAUGAGCUACUUCACUUUCUCUGUAAAACAGUAAGUAGAAAUCUAGUGUCUGUGUCCCUUUUAAUUGACACAGGUCACUGACUGAUCAAGCUAUAGGCUAGUCCACACACUGCUAUGAACAUAUGCUAUGAUGAUAGAAUUUCAAUAAGAGACAUCAUACAGUAUGUGACAAAUAGAUCUACAAAUGUGAGCGCUGGGAUUUUAACAUUUUUUGUGCCAACUCAAAUGAAUUCAGCCCCAUUUCUUCACCCGCAGAACUACUGAAGGCUGUGGAUCUCAAACUUUAUAGUCAAUUCAAGAAAGAGACACUUUCAAAAAGAAGCAUUUGCCUGACUUUGCAUGCAUUUUCGGAGCAAAUGAACAGGCAGUCCAUGAGGGCUAGUUCAGUUCAUCACGUUUGCAACAAACAGCACAGCGCUGUUUUAAUGAAGAACAGGUGUCUGGCUUGCCAACACAGGACCUAAUGUGUUGUUUUGUUGACACGCUGAAAGGUCUUAGGCUUGUCCCUCAAAAUAAAAUAAACAUUGUGACUUAUGUUCCAGUUUUCCUGUUUGCAAACCCCCAGCUGUCUGUCUGCAGUUGAAAGUGAGGUUUAUAUCACAUUUCAAAAUAAACAAAAGUGUCCGUCGAUUUCAAAAUGUACAAAGUCCCCCAAAAGCUCCAUGCAUGUGUGUGAACUAGGGUUAUUACUAGGUACCCUUCCUCCAAGAGAGUGUAAAGUCAGUGUGAGAGUGUAGCUGUAAUGAACCAAGUUUUCUCUGCUGAGGACAGCUUUUCCAAACUGAUGAAUGGGAGAGGGAUUUUAUCUGUAAAUUAUGCUUCAUAAAAGGGAAGUUGUUUAUUAGUACAAUGGAAUGUUUAAGAAAUUAUAUUAUUUACAUUGCCACCUUCAAAAUGACAGUAGAAUUAAGAACUAAGUAGACGUAGCUUAGUAGAAUGUUCAUUAGAGUAAUUUUUCAAAACCACAGAACAGAAUAAUAAAUCUAUGAGACAUAGGGAAGAACGUUUAUGUUAAUAACACAAACCAAAUUAUAAUCAUCUAAUAGCAGUGUUCACCUGUGCAUUUACAACAUAAGUAUAAUUUUAGUUCCCUGCUGUUAUGAGAAAUGUGCAUUGAAUAUAAUUUUGCAAAAUUCUUUUUUUAAAUAAAAUACUCCUAAUACUCUUGCACAAUGAAGGAAAGGUUCAUGAUGCAUACUGUAAUAUUAAGGAAUGAUAAAUAUUUUCUUGUUGCAUAGUUCUAUCUGUCUUUGAAAAGCUGUUUUAUAAUAUGAUGUUUAUGCCCUUUGGGGGGGAGGGUCUAUUAAAAGGGGCUCUUAAAUAUCAUCCCAAAAUAUUAACUGAUACUUUCAGCUUAACAUUGUUGUAAAGGUUUUGUGACUGGCAGGAUCUGUAUUUUUCAUUUUGUUGUGCAAUUUUUGUUGCUUGCCAGUCCCAGUAAAAUGGCUUUGAAAAGAUUCCUUAAGAAAAUGUAAAGAGAGAAGGAAAGCACAUACGAACAGGACAGUGUCUACAAAUCCACAGACAUGGUAGUCAUGGCUUAAUUUUUUUUUUGAUUAGCUAUAGGUUGCCUGAGUCUACUGAAUCCACUGGCAUUGUUAACUGACAUGGCAAACAACCAUCUAAGCAAGAGCACUGAAAUUGUUCUGAACCCUGGACAUAGUGUACUGAAAAUCAGAGCAGCUGUGUGCAAAAAAUAAAAUAACAGCAACAUGCAACACAUAAUACUCUGUUGAUACUUGUUGACUUCACUGACACGUGUGGACAUGUGUCAGAAUGUACCACUGGCUGUUGCAGAGACAAAUACGAGAUUCCCAAACAGUCCCAUGAUCAAAUAUGCACAUACAAUAUUCAGGUUAGAGAGGAAGUCUACUGUAGGUACCACUUUCAAUUCUGCCAAAACUUGGCCACUUGGCCAUUUGAAACUUGAAACUUCCACACAGAUGUCUGGUAUUGUUCUUGCAUGGUUGCAGUGAAUUCUGGGAGGUCCCUGGGUUUUUAUGUUGUUCAAUUUCUCUGAAGACUUUCUAAUGCAUAACUACUUGUUAACUACUUUUAUUAACAUCAUUAUUUUAUUAAUUACUUAUCCUUUUGGUUAUCAUACCAAGAACAAAUUACUAAGGUUAGGAAGAUGAUUAUUGAAACUUUUUUUUAAAGAAACAAGCAUAUGUAAGUUCGCAAGCCAGUGCAUAUUUAACCAUAGAAUUACUGCAUGGAUGCACCAAUGUGUUCAAUUCAGAACAUCCAGUGAAAUAGUACUAUAAAUGUAGAACAGCAUUUUGAUCCAAGCUCUUUUACUUGCCAACUCCUUGUCUGGUUCAUAAAUGUCUCAAGAUAAUGAGCCUCUGUGUUUAGUAAGACAGCCUCUUUUUUAGUAGUUUUGUACAGAAAAGGUGUUAUCAGGAUGUUUGACAGUGAUAAUGUGAACUCCUUGUACUGUAUAUCUGUUCCUGAAGUUGUGCUCGGACAUUUACUUUCAUUCAAAGCUUUGACACUCCACUGAAAGUGUUUUAAAAAUCAAUUCCACUGUUGCCUACCCAACCAUGGGUAACAAUGAAUUCCAGUUGUCCAGCAUUCGUAGUUUAGAAUGUAAAAUUCUGAAAAGAAUUGAAUGAUGAAAUGAUAAUUCUAUUAAAUUCCAAUAGAAAAGUGCUGAUUUGCGAUAUUUGCUACCAUGCUGAAAACCAGGAUUUUAAAAUACUGUACAAAAAACAAGAAUGUUUUAUGCCUAGCAAAUCAAAGAAGUAGCAAUAUUGCAAAAUCGCUAAAAAAAAAUAAAAAUAAUAUUUAUUAUAUUUCAUAUACUAUGGGAGACCUACGUAAUAGAAUAAAAAAUGAAACAUCUGUGCUUUUAAAAAAAAAUCAAACAUAGAAUAGAAGACACAGCUGACAGGUUCAAUUCAAUUAUGACUGCAGCCCUGGGUUCAUAAGUACCUUAAGCUCAGUAAGCAAGAUGGAACCUUGAGGAUAGCUUUUGUUUGAUGAAUUACUGGAGAAAAAAAAAACUGUAAACCACAGCAUUCUUCCCGAAUCAGUAGGUCUACUGCCUUUUCCUGUUGAUCUUUUAAUUGUGAACUACCAGAUCUGAAGGUCUGGCCAAGAUUAAUGGAAGCAAGAUUGAUGUUGUUGGCACCAAUGCCAGGCCUUCAUUCAAUCUCACUGAGCAAAUGAAACCCUUUGCUGGACCGAGGCUUUGAAUGCAGUUUAACCUCUUUGACUAUCUUCUGGCUGUGAAAAAGACCUUAGAGGGUAAGAGGCACAUGGAUUGAAUGAGUUGAUUUUCUAUUCAAAUCAGCGUCGUUGCUUUCCCAUACCUCCUCUUCCACACCUAGGCCAGCGUGCCUUUUCAGUGGCAGGAAGUUGGUUCGGUUUACAAAGUCCUACUCUGUUCGGCUGGGCGUUGUGUGUAAUACCCACAUCAGGGCCUUCACCCUGAUUAAUUCAAGGCCUCCUCACAGAAAAUGCACACAUUUUGGAAAUCGGGCUUGCAAAAUUGUCCAAAAGUGU